CCAGACAACAGCCACGUGUUAAUUUUUAAUUUGGCCAAGUCACACAGGCUUCAGUGAUCUACAUAGUUUUAAACAGAAUAUGGCUAAAGGUAAAUGUGUGUGUGACGUAGCCAUACGCCGCUCCCCAUAUAUCUGCAGACUAAUGCAGUCCAGUUAAACCAGUGAACGCCCACCACUUGCUCAGAUUUCGGAUUCUUGAGUAAGGGUUGCCAUUUGAAGUUUCUGUAAUAGUUUUUCUGACUUUUAAUAUUAAGGUGUUUUUAUCAGUGGAUUCAGUCUUUUUGUUACCCCUUGCACUUUAAAAUGACGUUUCAUAAUAAUCACCAGGAAAUCAACUGCAGUUAACGAUCCGGGAGGUGUCGCAAGUGUAAAUCAGUCCGAUGGGACCGGACUGCAGCGCUUAUUCCCUGCACGUUUGUCACUUUGUUUACUUACUUGUUUUGCUGUUAAAAUCUUUCAAUACAGACGCACGUUAUAGAAGAUAACACAGCAUGAGUGUAAUGUGAGAAAGGAGUCCACGGUGGAUGUGAAAACACCAGAUCUGGCAACUAGAAAACAUUCCAGUGUGGAGGAGGACGCGGCAUGCCAGAGCUGAGCACCGCCCCCGGCGGAUUGUGUCAAUUUGGUCACAAAUAUCCCUGAACUGCGUGCUUCCCACCCUGACAGAUGUUCCCAGCAUAGUGCGCUCUGCAAAAUGUACAUGUGCUUCACCGUCUUAGCCGGGCUGGCUCUUCUGACCUUUUCAUUUCUUAAGAAUUUCCCUUACUUUGGCGAGGACUGCACGUAUAUCCUGAGGAUCAUCAAACUUGGCAUCAGGCUACUUGGAUACAAGACAAUCAAGCCUUUUUACAGCAUCUUGGACUGCUUCUUGGAUGCGGUGAAGAGGCAUCCCACUAAGAUUUUUCUGCACUUUGAGGGUCGUGAAUAUUCUUAUGGCGAAGUGGAUGUACAGAGCAACAAAGUGGCCAGAGCUCUGCAGGCUGAGAUCCGGUUGAAGGAGGGGGACGUGGUCGCCCUGUUCCUGGCCAACGAGCCCAGUUUUGUGUGGAUUUGGCUCGGCUUGGCCAAGCUGGGCUGUCCGGCUGCUUUGCUCAACUUUAACAUUAGAUCCAAGUCUCUGCUGCACUGUUUUUCCUGCUGUGGGGCGAAAGUGAUCAUCGUCUCUCCAGAGCUGCAGGACACUGUGGAGGAGGUUCUACCAAUGCUGAGAGAGCAGGGUAUCAGUGUGUACCUCCUGUCAGAGAACUGCAGCAUCCAGGGCAUCAAUACAUUGUUGGACAAGAUCUCCCAGGCCUCGGAUCAGCCACUGUCCCCGGACCUGAGGGCCAAUGUCAAUAUCAGGAGCACCGCUUUGUACAUCUACACAUCAGGCACCACAGGUUUGCCUAAAGCAGCCGUUAUCACCCAUGAGCGGGUAUGGGCUGCCUCCUUCCUCCAGGCAUCCUGUGGAGUCACAGCAGAGGACAUCAUCUACAUCAAUCUGCCUCUGUAUCACAGCGCAGGCUUCCUCAUCGGAAUGACUGGAGCCAUCGAGAGAGGUAUAACCAUUAUUCUGCGGAGGAAGUUCUCUGCAUCUCAGUUCUGGGACGACUGCAGGAAGUAUAAUGUGACAGUGAUGCAGUACAUUGGUGAAACACUGCGCUACCUCUGCAACACACCCAAGAAAGACAACGACAAGAACCACAAAGUGAGGAUCGCCAUUGGCAACGGAGUCCGGACAGACAUCUGGUCGGAGUUUCUGAGUCGCUUUGGUGACAUUCAAGUUAGAGAGUUGUAUGCUGCCACAGAGGGGAACAUCGGCUUCUUAAACUACACCUCCAAGAUCGGUGCAGUGGGGCGAGCCAACUUCGUCCACAGUUGGUUCUUCCCCUACACUCUGAUCAAGUUUGACAUUGAGAAGGAAGAGCCUGUUAGAAGCUCUGAAGGUCUGUGCAUCAAGGCAGCCAAGGGUGAGACGGGACUUCUGGUGGUAAAGAUUACUCACCGAACUCCUUUUGUGGGGUACGCUGGUAACCACCAACAGAAUGAGAAGAAGAGGCUUCGCAAUGUAUUGGAAAAAGGCGACCUUUACUUCAACACCGGCGAUUUGCUUCGGCUUGACCACGAGAAUUUUUUGUACUUUCAGGAUCGAGUUGGUGACACUUUCAGAUGGAAAGGAGAGAACGUUGCCACAUCAGAGGUUGCAGACAUUCUCAUAUUGGCUCAUUGCAUUUUGGAGGCAAAUGUAUAUGGUGUUAAAGUUGAAGGUCACGAGGGGCGGAUUGGCAUGGCAGCUGUCACUUUGAAGGAAGGAGAAGAGUUUGACUGUUUGGACACCUACAAGCAGGUCGUCAGCUACCUCCCAGCUUACGCGAGACCUCGAUUCAUCAGGAUUCAGCCCUGCAUAGAGACGACGGGGACAUUCAAGAUGAAGAAAGUGAGGUUGGUGGAGGAGGGAUUCAACUGCACUUACAUCAAAGACCCUUUAUACUUCCUUGAUCUUGAGAAAAAGACAUACGUUCCCCUGACCGAGGAGAUCUACAGAGCGAUCACCUCUAGGGAAAUCAAACUUUAACAAAGUAGCGAGUGUUGAUGUUGAACCAGGCGACUCAUUCCCUCAUGGACCUCUAGACACUGCCAACUAAUCUCAGGGACAGGAACUCUAGAACAUCACAUCAUUUGAAGAGGCUCCUUUUUUUAAAUUAACACAGCUACAGUUCAUCUCUACAAAACUAAUGUUUUUUUGGCAUCCAGGUAUAUCUCCAUGCCACUAGUGUGCUUUUAAUAAUUAAACUCUGGUUACCUCUUUCCCCCGAGUCUUUAUGAUCAUUCAACUAAACUGCAACAUUUAAAUGUUUAUUUUAAUCAGAGAUUUUUGCAUUUGAUGAUAAUAUGGUAAAAUGUAAAACUUAAUUCUGAUCAGAUUUUACACAGAUGUACAUUAAAAUUUUAAAACCUGCUAUGUCACAUGUUGUACAAUCUGUGGCAGGUUUAUCAGUGAACCUUUGAACUGAUGUUAUGUACAGACAGUCUUUGUUCUGUCAGAUUGUUUGUGUACUAUUGGCACAUACUGUUAAACUUAAUCACGUAAAGUAUGUGAGGAUCUUUACGUUGUUUUGCCCCCAAGUGCUCUGUCGUUAAUCUAAGAGCUGCCGAAGUGCUCUUGUAGCCACGUUUAUGGACACAGCGACUUUGAUUGUGGUGGGGUGACUGACCUAACAUGACCUCUGGCAUAAAAUACUUGGUCACAAGCUUAGUCAUGGGACUAGCAUGCCAAAGGUUGAAAUUGAUUAGUUUUUAUUAAAAGUAAAGAUAUUUUUAAUG